GGAACCACCCGCCCGCUCCAGUUCUCCUGGGUUCCUUUCCGUGAAGUUGAUUCCUUGUUUUGCUGCAGUGUCAUUGUUAUUCCGCACUCGCCUCCUGAUGUCACACCUCCCCCCCCGCGCAUGACGUCAUCCUGCCAUUGCUUCUCCUUAUGAUGUAGAAUUCUCUAGCUUUCCCCAAACCUCUACAUAGAGCUGGGAGCCACCGUCUUGUUGCUGUUUCCUUCAGGGUCCCCUGGUAUUGCUCAGUGCCCACCCCGGUGCUUCCCAGUCGGCUGGAGCCAGGAGAUCGCUCUCUGUUCUGUGUGCCAACCAUCCAUCUUUUUACCAAUUCGCCAUUAUCGUCAACGCUUGGGAUCCCCCCCCUUCAUUUCAUCAGAGCGAAUACCCCCAGAUCUAUCCAAAGACGCCAGGUUUUCUUGGACCCCUUCGGUGCUGCUAAUAUGUCUGAAAUCCUACCCUACAGUGAUGAGAAGAUGGGGCAUUAUGGUUCUGAUGGCGAUGUCGGGCAAAUCUCUUUCAGCUGUCGCCUACAAGACACAAGCUCCUUCUUUGGGGGCAACCAGCAGAAAAGACCCCCCAAACUGGGGCAGAUUGGAAGAGCCAAGAGAGUUGUUAUUGAAGAUGACAGAAUAGACGAGGUGCUGAAGGGGGUGUCGGACAAGUCUCCCUCCGGAGUAUAAGGUGGAAGUGGUUGCUCUUCGGCGCACACUCUCCUCCCUGAUUUGUAAGCACUUUUGGCUGUGCAUGUUUGUGGACAUGGAGAAGAAGGAAAGGCUUUGAGGCUGCUGGCAAAUCUCCACCCUCCACCUUGAUCCAGACCCUCUGCAGGUCUCUUGACGGUGCCAUCAGGCUCCCCACCACAUGAAUGGGGAGCUGUCCAUUUCAGCACCUUUCUCUGUAACUUCUCAUGGUCUUUCAUCCUGGGCUUUGGGGGCAGUGAUGAAUCUAAGUCCAUGUUAUAGCCAACCCCCAGCAUUUGCCCCUAUGCCAAGAAGGUACUUGUAGACUGGAGCACCAUGGAGUCUGUGCCUGUCGACUCCAGCUAUUGCCAGGUGCUGCCUCCUGCCUCAGUGUACACUCCAGGGGUCUGUAGGCUGAUAGAAAUGCACUUUAUCAUUUGACAAUGAAUUGUCUGUAGUCAAGUAAUAAUAAUCUUUGUGUGUAAAUGGACCCACAAGGAAUACACCUGCUCAUUAACAUAUCUAUAUAUAUAGAUAUGUGUCUGUCUAUAUAUAUACAUAUAUAGAGUCUUUAUUGUGAUAAUUUAUACCAUGUCUCCCCCACAUCACCCAUGUACCAGCAUCUUUCCAAUUGUGGGACAUUGACUGGGUAAAUGCAUUCCCUUCACUUCAUCUUACCCACAUGUACAAGAUACCAGCAGGUCGGAAGCAGAGCAGCUGGAGGGCGCAGAGCAGGCACAGGCCGUCCCUUUGCUGUCUAAAAACCAAGCAAGAAAAAAAAGACUUUAUUUGCUCCAUCUCUUGCAUGAGCUUCCGAUUUCAUCCCCUACCCAGCACGCUCCUUUUUAACAGGACUCCCUACAUUUGUAUUUUUAUAAAUAAAUCUUUGUUAAUAAUAUGUAUUCUGAAAUAUGCUGGUGACUGUGUAAACUCACAUCAGAGAUGCAGCCACCUCCUGGACGCUGAGAUAUUUUCAGCAGGUUUGAUGAGGUGAUGGGCAGUCACAAGGAGGUGCCAUUACUGGGUGCUCAUAUAACAUGCAGGCACCACCUACUGUGACUCACUGUCUCAGCUUUUUCUCCAUUCUGUGCUGGUAGCAUACACUGUUAUGCAGCUUGCUUUAUGUAUUAGGUCUUUUCAAUGGAUGGCCACAUAAGCUUUUUUUUUUUUUUUUUUAUAUAAUACCAGAUGUGUGUGUGUAUAUAUAUAUAUAUAUAUAUAUAUAUAUACACCAUUGGCUUGUCGUAGGUACAUUUCUGCACAGUUUACAGGAAAUAAGCAUUCCAUAAUAAUUUUCUCUAGAGUGCAAAGCUUUGACUAUUGCUUCCUCUAUCAUCCUUGUAUAUGAUUGCAAAGAUUUCUGCCUACACUAGCAGCUCCCUCAUGUAUCACUCUUGCAUCCUUGUGCAACAGAUAAUAUGUGGCAUUUUCCUCUGUGCUUUUGCUGCCUGGCUCUGAAUGAAUGCAUUAUUUGUAAAUGCUGAUGUUCCUUAUCCCACACUUAACUGUACAGACAUUUCACCAGCAUUUGCAAAGCAGAUCCUCUCAUCUAGAGGCAUUUUGGAGAACAGACAUUAAAAUGGCAGUUUACACAUGAGCACUUGGUGAGAUGGCAUGUUAUAUAGCCUGGUGAUGGCACCUCCAUUCCUGCUGGAAAUCAUGCUAUGGCCUGUAUGGAACAAAGGGCUCAAAUGGCCAGAAUAUUUGAUAACAUUCUGAAAUCUUAUACUGUGAAUGCAUCUGGAGAAUGAUCCGGAAAAAUCUAUGUGGUCUCUGAAUGUGAGAUAACAGCUCUUAACCGCCUCUUUUAUGGGACAUAAUGGUUGUGUUUUUAAUUUUGUACUUUCUUUUUUGAAAAGCUUCUUGAAUUUUCUGCAUGGACUUUAGAUUCAAUAAUAAUAUAUCAUAUUUUGAUUCCAAUAAAGCAAUGCUGUGCCAUUCUGAGAAUGACUCAUUGUAUAUUAACAACAUUUCCACUGUAUUUGGUGAAUAAAUAAACGUAAUGAUCACCA